AUGGAUUUGCUUGUGAGCAUAUUUCUGCUAUAUCUGAGUGCAGGAGUUCGCAGUGAAUCGUUACACGACACACUUGAGGAACGCAGCAUUCGAGAUGUCUACGCCAGCAACUUCGGGGCGGAAUUUGAAUCUAUCGCCUACGCUGCUAUACCUUUAUACCCACCGAUACCCAUUAUCCGUAUAAUAUCACCGUCCUUUACAUACAAGUUUGGAUACCCGUACGACAAAGAGUUGGAACCAAAUCAGCACUACUAUGCCCGACGACCAACUCAUUCUGCAUCAAUGAUAGACUCUCGUAUAACGGAGCUAUCAACCUCGUCGUCGGAAAUGCAAGCACCGGAGAUAAUCUACGCGCGGCCAAAUAAACGCGGCGGCUUCACGUACCGGCGGCCAGCAGCGGCGAGCCACCGGCCCGUUGAACCAAUCGUCUUACGCGUUCAGAAGUACAAAGUAGUACGCGACCGAUAA